AUGGAAAGUUCAAAUGCUGAAUCGAGCACAAAGAGUAGUAGUAAACCAACGUCAACAAACAAAUGGAUGGCAUUCGACAGAGAUUCAAAUCAAAACAAACCUCCAACAGCUAGAAUCACUCCACCUGAUCUAGAUGAAUACGACAUCGAUCAUAUCGCCGAACGGACGGCGCAAUGGCCGGGAGCGACGGCGGUCGCAAGUUUGAUAGGAGAUGAGGAGAGAAACAAGCGGAGCUCAUCGUCGUCGUGGAGGAAUUCCGACGAUUUGAAUCAACCGCGAGUCUCGCAGGAAUUGAAGGAUGCUCUGGCUACUCUUCAACAGACAUUCGUCGUCUCCGACGCCACUAAGCCGGAUUGCCCGAUUAUGUAUGCUAGCAGCGGCUUCUUUACGAUGACUGGUUAUUCUUCAAAAGAGGUCAUUGGUAGAAACUGGUAAUGCUAAUACGCUAUGCCUUGCGUUUUAUAUAUACUAUGUCAGAAUUUGAAAAUAAAAAUACUUGUAAUUUUAUAACUAUAAUCAUUUAACCAUUUUUCUGAUGAUUAAAUUACUAUGUUCUUUUAUUUUUUAAUAAAUAAGAUGCGACAAGUUAUCUAGAAAAAGUAAAAUGUAUUUUUAUGAUUUUAUGAUUUUUGUCACUAAAGUAUUUAAUUUUCUUUUUUAGUUAGACAUUAACUACUAUCUAAAUAAUCAUUAAAAAUAAUAAUUUAAUUAUAAAAUAAAUCAAACAACAAGACAAAUUUUUUCAAGUUUCAAUCAAACACAUAAACAUGAUUCCACGUUAACAUGUGAUAGAAUCGUGUGUUGUUUGGAUCUAAUGUUUAGAUUUUUGUCUAAUAACCUUAACAUGUCUAUCUUUAUAUGUUUAGAUUUUUGCCUAAUAUCCUUUACAUGUCAAACUUUCAAAGUUUGUCUUUAGUUAACCCAAAGUAUUAUCAGAUUAUAUAUUAACUUCAAAUGUAAAAAUGCUAAAAAUAUAUAAUUAUCCAAAUGCAUGAAUAUAUACAAGUUUGUAAACUAGUAAGUAUUAUAUGAAUUUAAUUUUUUUUGAACAAGAAUAUGUGAUAGAAUUACGUUAUGUUUGUAGACUAUUUAUUUAGUUUUGUUAUAUCAAAUAUCAUUUAUAUGUCAAACAAGUGUUAUUACUCAAAUUAAAUUUGUCUAUAUUUUAUUUACUAUCAUAUAUAACUUUUUUGGAAUUAUAAUAUUAUUUUAUUUAUUUAUUUAAAUAUAUUUUAACUACACUUUUUUGGCAUAAGAAAUAUGUAACGUUCAAAUGUACAAAAUUCGGUCGAUCGAUUCGAUUCAUAAUGAAACAACCGGAGUGGGACGGUGGUGCACCAAGCUCCGUCGGAGAUCCUGGUGCACCGGUGUGCCGUUACAGUGAUUCUAUCAGUGUAUCACAUUCAUAUUAGCAUCUCAAUUCCGAUUUACACAAAACACAACAGACGCCAUUUUAGAAAGUUAAGAAGCUCUCUGAAAUUGAUGUUUGUUGGAUCAGCCGGUUUCUACAGGGGAAGGAGACGGAUCAGAAGGAGGUGGAUAAAAUACGACAUGCAGUCAAAACCGGAACUAGCUACUGCGGCAGGCUCUACAACUACAAAAAAGAUGGCACUCCUUUCUGGAAUCUACUCACUGUCACUCCGAUCAAAGAUGAAAACGGAAAAACCAUCAAAUUCAUCGGGUAAUUUAUCUUCUGAUCUACUUCAAUCGUAAUAAUAUUAGGCAAAUUUCGCAUUCCGUGGAACUGUACUAUUUUAGGUUAUAGUUUGAUGUUUAUGAUCAUAUUGUUACUGUGAAUUCACAGAAUGCAAGUAGAAGUCAGCAAGUACACUGAAGGUGUGAAUGAGAAGGAAUUACGCCCAAACGGAUUGCCAACGUCGUUAAUUCGCUAUGAUGGUUCGUAGAUCGAUCUGUUGUUUUUGCUGUGUAUAUUAUGAAUCAAAGUGUUUUUUUGAAGCUUUAAUUUUCGCCAUGGACAGCUCGUCAGAAGGAAACAGCUCUGGGUGAUAUUGUGGAGGUUGUACAGACUGUUGAGCGUCCACGAACUAACAAUCAGUCAAGCAAAACAGAAAUCGUGGAGAAGAUCGUGGAAUCCCCAAUUUCACCAUCAUUAGAAAAAUUGAACAUAAACAUGAAUACACCAGGAAGAGAAACACCUCUCCUUGAUCCUAAAGGUGAUUCAACCCCUACAAGCUCUUGGAGUGCAUCCAAAUCCAGGAAAUCAAUACGCAGUUCCCUAAUGGGGUGAGCUUAUAUCUAUUUUCUGAAGUUGAUUUGAUUUAUUUAAACCCUAAAUCAAUGUCAAAAUCGUUGAAUAACCUACACAGAUUCAAAGGAAGAUCUUCGACUCAUGAGUUUCAACCAACUAUCGAGCCUGAAGAGUUAAUGACUAAAGAUUUAUCACGAACUGAUAGCUGGGGUCGUAUGGAAAGAAUGAGGGACAUGCGUCAAGGGAUUGAUUUAGCAACUACACUUGAACGUAUUGAAAAGAAUUUUGUGAUCACAGAUCCUAGGCUUCCUGAUAACCCCAUCGUAAGAACAUGAUUAAACAUUCUUUUUGUUUCAGAUCAUAAAAAUGGAACCCUAAAUCUCCUACUUGAUAUGCAGAUUUUCGCAUCAGAUAGCUUCCUUGAGUUGACAGAGUUUACACGUGAGGAAAUUUUAGGAAGAAAUUGCAGGUUUCUACAAGGACCUGAAACUGAUCAAGGAACUGUUGAUAAAAUACGAGCUGCUAUCAGAGAACAAAGGGAAAUUACUGUACAGUUGAUUAACUAUACAAAGAGUGGUGAGCUAUAAUUUCAUAUUUCUUAAUUUCAAGAAAUAUUUACACAUUUGGUCCCUUAGUAUAGCUGAUCUUUUCUAUUUUGGUCCCAAAAAGUUUCUCUUGCAAUUUUUCUCCUUAUUUGUGGUUUAUAUCACAUUUAUGGUCUAUGUUUCAAGUAAGAUGAUUGUAUUUUUGGGACCAAAUUGCAAAAAUCAGCUAUAGUCAGUGACAAAAAUGUAAUUUACUCUAAUGAUUGGGUUUAUGUUGAUUGAUUUAUUUUGUCUGUUGUUCAAAUCAGGGAAGAAAUUUUGGAAUUUAUUUCACUUGCAACCUAUGCGUGACCAAAAGGUAAAGUACAAAAAUUUAUUAAAUAUAUGGUUGCAUUAUGUAAUUUGAGUCAAUUUUAAUUACUUUUAAAAUUCAGGGAGAACUUCAAUAUUUUAUUGGAGUCCAAUUAGAUGGAAGUGGUAAUGUGGAACCAUUAAGGAAUCGACUUUCAGACACCACAGAGAAACAAAGUGCUAAGUUGGUAUAUUUUUUUUAUUGUUGUCUUUUAAUAUAUAUAAUAAUAUAUUAGCCUUUUCUUUUCAAAUAUUUUAAAAUGUUUAAAAUUGUUGUGUUUGACCAGGUCAAAGCUACUGCAGAAAAUGUUGAUGAAGCUGUUAGAGAACUUCCUGAUGCCAACUUGGUAAGGUACUCGUCUUUCCUUAGUAUUCUACUUGUAAAUAAUAAAUAUAUUAUAAUAUUAAAAAUGACACGUGAAAAUAUUACAUAUCAAAAUGAUAAAAUAUUUAUCAAUUUACCAUGUCAUCUUUUUUUGGGUUAAUUUUGUAAAAAACUUUGUAUUUUGUGUUUUUUUUCGAAUUAAACCUCAACUUUAUUUUUUACCUAAAAAGGACCUUGUAUUUUUUCAUUUUUUCCAAUAAACCCUUAACUUUGUCUUUUUUUUUUUUUGCGAAGAAACCCUCAACCUUUUUAGUUUUUUCGAAAAAACCCUCACAUUUUACAAUUUUUAUUGGGAAAUCUUUGAUAAAGUCCUAAUAUUUUGGGUCGUUUUACGGUUUAAUCCCAACAUUUAUCUUCUGAACAGAAAAGUCCCGAUUAUCUAAAUUUAUACGAUAAUUUGUUGAAAGAAAAAAAAAAUAAAGACUUUUUUGUUAAUUUUGGCAAAAUAUAAAAUAAACGAGACGUUUCUGUUCAAAAAAUAAAAGUUGAAAUGAAACCGUAAAAUGACCCAAAAUAUUGGGACUUUAUAAGAGAUUUCUUUUUCUUUUUUUCGGAAAAAAAAAUUACUAAAAGGGUCAGAUUGAAAAAAAUGAAAAAAUACAAAGUUUUUUUCAGACAUUUUUUUUUUCCGGAAAAAAACACAAUAUAAGGCUUUAAAAAAACACAAUAUAAGGCUUUUUAUGAGAUUAAUGAAAUUAACCUUUUUUUUUAUUACCUUUAGUAUAUGUUUUUACUUAUUUUUGGCUGAUGAAUAAUUUCAGAGGCCAGAGGACCUGUGGGCUAUCCACUCUCAACCUGUCUUUCCUAGGCCCCACAAAAAGUACAAUUCUUCAUGGAAAGCUAUACAAAAGGUAACUUUUAUUAUUAUUAUUUUUUUAAAUGCAACAAUUUUUUUUUACCUUUUUUUUUUAUUGUUUUGUAGAUCACUGCAAAUGGUGAAAUAAUCGGACUUGAUCAUUUCAAACCUAUCAGACCUUUGGGAAGUGGAGAUACCGGAAGGUAUAUUGUCUUAAUAUGUUCAUUGACUUUUCCAAUUUCCAUUAUAAUCAAUUUUUUUAACAAUUUAAUCAAAAAGGAAAAAAAAAAUAGAGUUAGGGUUUAUAUUUUCUAAAGUUUCUCACUAUGAAUAAUUAAAUUGCUUUAUUGUAGUGUUCAUUUGGUUGAACUAAAAAAUACCGGUGAACUUUUUGCCAUGAAAGCAAUGGAUAAAGCAGUAAUGAUGAACAGAAACAAGGUAUGUUUAAUGUUUGUAAAAAACAAUAUUCUAUUUUUUUUUUAUUAUGAUUUAAAAUUUGUAUAGUUUUUGAAACUUGAUUUUUUUUUUUUUUUUAUGUAAAUAAAUUGUAGGUUCAUCGAGCUUGCAUUGAAAGGGAAAUAAUCGGGCUACUGGAUCACCCUUUCCUUCCAACACUCUACACAUCUUUUGAGGUUUCAAUUUAAUGUUUUAAAUAAUUGGUAGUAAUUAUUUUAAAUUUAUAAUUAGGUUUAAUUAUUAUAAUCUAUAACUAUAUGCUAACAUGUUAACAUCUUCUCAGACUGCAACACAUGUCUGUUUGAUAACAGACUUUUGCCCUGGAGGAGAAUUAUUUGCUCUGCUUGACAAACAGCCUUUGAAAUUAUUCAAAGAAGAUUCUGCAAGGUACUUCCUAUUCACAUUUUAAAAGACCUUUCUACCCUUCAUUUUCUGUUUAAUAGGAAAUAGAUGCUAAAGAUUCAAAAAUACUAUUAUUUUUAAUAAACGAUGAAAAAACCUGCCCUCUUAUACAUUUCAUCUGUGGUUUGAUGUUGUUGUAUGCAUGUUUAUUCCCGUUUUACCCCUACCCCUCAUUUUUUUAUUUGUAUCUGCAGAUUCUAUGCAGCUGAGGUUGUAAUUGGGUUAGAGUAUCUCCAUUGUUUAGGUAUCUCUUCAUCCAAUCUCAUUCAAUUGUUAAUUUGUUAUAUUCCCAUUUUACCCCUUACAUCUUUUAUUCAAUUUUUUUUUCAGGUAUCAUCUAUAGGGACUUGAAACCGGAGAAUAUAUUACUUCAAACAGAUGGACAUGUUGUAUUGAGUGACUUUGAUUUAUCAUUCAGAACUCAAUGUAAACCCCAAGUAUGUAAUAUUGUCCUCUUCUAUCUAAAAAAUCUAACUUAUAUUCUUACAAGAUUCUUGAUUUAUUUAUUUAUUUAUUUUUGUCUUAUGUUAAUUUUAAUUUUGCAGGUUAUAAAACACCCUCAGCUCAAAAGAAGAAGAUCCAGAAGCCAACCACCACCUACAUUUGUUGCAGAACCUUCUACACAAUCUAAUUCAUUCGUUGGCACAGAAGAAUACAUUGCUCCGGUACGAAAAAGCACUCAAAGGGCAUUUACGUAAUUUCACUUACUCAUGGAAUUUAUUUUUACCCUUUGAAAUUAUUUCAGGAAAUCAUAACAGGAGCCGGCCACUCCAGUGCUAUUGACUGGUGGGCAGUGGGUAAGCAAGCUUAUUAAUUUUCAUGCAUUCUUUGAAUUACCUUCUUUUACCCAUUAAUUCAUUAUUUCAAUACUUUAACUAAUUUUUUAUUAUAUUCUUUUUUUUUUUUUUUUUUAAUUUCAGGUAUUUUAUUAUAUGAGAUGUUGUAUGGUCGUACACCAUUUAGAGGAAAGAAUAGGCAGAAGACAUUUGCAAACAUCUUGCAUAAAGACCUCACAUUUCCAAGUAGCAUUCCCGUAAGAGUCUAAACUAUAUGCAAAAUUUCUAACUAGUCAAAAAGACCAAAUUAACCCUAACCUUUUAAUUUUUAAUUUUUUUUUAGGUGAGCCUUGCAGCAAGACAGCUGAUUCAUGGAUUAUUGAACAGAGACCCUGGAAGCCGUUUAGGAUCAAUCGGUGGUUCCAAUGCAAUAAAAGAACACGCAUUUUUCCGUGGAAUUAAUUGGCCUUUAAUCCGAUGCAUGGUAUGCUAUCUAAUUUUCUAAUCUACUUUACUUUACUUUACUUUCAUUCAUUUUUUUAUUAAUUAUUAUUAUUAUUAAUCCAUGAAACAUUUCCAUGUAGAGCCCACCAGAGCUGGAUUCACCACUUGAGUUGAUUGGAAAAGAUUCGACAGCGAAAGAUAUUCAAUGGGAAGAUGGUGCCAUGUUGGAUAAUGCUUUGGAUGUAUUUUAGAGGUUUAUUUUCACAUUUCACCUACUUCUUAUAUUGCUGUUUUCUGUUUUUUUUUUUAAUAAAUAUUUUAAUUUUUUCAGGUGUUGGGAAGCUAAAAUGUAAAUUGCGAAUAAGAGGGAAAAAAAAAAAAAAAACGUUGUGUGUGCAUGUUCAUGGUCUGCUUUGGGAUAUGUGAAGUGAGGGUUUCGGAUUUACAAAGAACAUGUGGUGAUGCACAAUAGGUUUAAUGUUUUGGGUUUGGAAUCUUAAUUAAUUAUGUGUUAUUAUUCUUUUGUAUUAUAUCGACUACUUCAUAUCUAUUAUCAUAAAAACACAGCAUAUGUUAUGUGUUGGUAAAUAAUGAAUAAAUGUGUUUUGGAAAUUGAAGUAAGCUCGUUGCUAUAUAUAGUUUUGUAACAUUAGGGUUACUCAGAUGAGUUUAUAACGUUUUUUUUUAUAA